AUGUGACAGUUCUCGGGGGAACUUGUAACCCAGUCUAUGUUAACUCAGUGAUCUGGAAGCUUUAUUCGGGGAUAAUGAGUCAGGUGGAGGAGUUUUGUUUUAGAGCUCACAGGAUGGAGCUGGAGGAGGAUUUUUAUCAGUAUGGAGACGGAGCCGAACUGGCACUCGCGGCGCAGCUCGGGAACGCGCUUUUGAUGGAGAACCGGCAGCUGAAGGAGGAGAAGAACACAUUACACCAACAGUACAGUGAUAAAAUCGAGGAGCUGGAGCAGAGCAGACACGAUUUGCGACUAAAGCUGCAGGUAUGCCAGGCUCAGUGGGAGAGCCAGGCAAGCGAGCUGGAGCGGGACGUCCGGGCGUUAAAUGCCCAUGUUGAGCGACUGACGCAGAUCCUGACCGAGACGGAGAGAGAGAAAAGCCGGAGCGAACAGCAGCACAACCAGAUCAUUCAGCAGCUUCGGGAACAGCUCCAGGUGGCCAUGGAGGUGGAGCGAACGGUCACGGCUCAGCUUCAGAGCCUGAAGCAGGACUUUAGUGAGCGGGACAAAUCGAGACCCCAGGACGAGGAACUGCUCAGCGCUCUUAAAGAGCAGGUUGCACGGUUAACCCAGCGGGAGCAGGCUCUGGCACAGCGCCUGGAAGAGGUUUGUGGGGAGAACACAGAACUUAAAGACAGUUUGUCCUCACUGUACGCCCGACUGGCAUGCCAGGAGCAGCAAAGUCACACACAGACACAACAGCUGAUGGAGGCCCGACAGGAGGUGGAGGCAGCAAGAGGUAAAGCUCAGGAGCUCCAGUCCAGAAUGGAAGAACUACAAGAAGAGGUUUCACUCCAGCGCAGCCCAGACUCAUCCCUACUUUCCGAGAUGGACCGCAGCCUGGACAGCAUGAACUGCAGCCAAGACAAGGAGCAGGUCACACAGGCAGUGAACUCCAUCCUGGACAUGCUACUUCCUGUGUCUCCUGGCAUAGCGGCUUCCAACAACCUAGACGAGGGCUUGCUAGGCAUGCUGGGGCGGCUGAAGAGGGUGGCAGAAGAGAUCACGCACAGUCAAUCACUACAGGAACUGAAAGCCAUUGUGGGAGAAGGGAGUGCACAGUGUGAGACGCCGGGCUGGAUACAGGAGCUGCGUGAUCAGAACGAGAAGCUCCUGAAAGAAAACGCUGAACUCAGACGUAAAGCUGACAGCAGGACAGAUGAAGAGGUCGUCCAGAGGGCUAUAAAAGACAGAGACAAUGCCAUUGCAAAGAAAACAGCGAUGGAGGCAGAGCUGGUUCGGAGUAGGAACGACAUGAUGUAUCUGAACAACCAGCUGCUGGAGGCCAUCCAGCGUAAACUGGAGCUUUCUCAGGAACUGGAGGCCUGGCAGGAUGACAUCCAGACAAUCAUCAACCAGCAGCUGAAAGUCCAGACUGAGCAGCAGAUGCAGUCGAAGAAGUCCAACGGAGGGCACGUCCAGUUUUUCCGCAAAUCACGGAAGACAUCAGUUUCACCAUCCUGCAAGCCUGAAAUCAACCAUGUACCCAGGCAUUCUCCCUGGAGAGACUGGCUCAAGCUGGGCAAAUAAAUCACUGCUAGUGAAGCACCGGAAACACUGACACACCAGACCAGGUGGCUCUGGUCAUCAAGCUUCAAUUCAUGAACAGAAACGACCGUAAAGCCAUGUAGGAGGUCACUGUGUUCUUCUGAUUCGAGUUCAACUACAAGACUAUGUCUAUAGACAAUAUUUUCUGCCAUGUGUUUAUAUUUAUAUGAAAGCUCACUACUGACUUGUUGAAACACAAAUAAUCUAGUGAAUGCUCUAAGACAGACAGGUAUUGAGAUGGACAUUUUUCACUGCAAUGAAUUGCAUGAAUGAAAACAUGCAUGAGCAACCAAAAUACCUGCAUCAGCUAUAAGAACAUUCCGGAGUGUUUUUUAAAUUAAAGGUUAAUGUUAAAUAGUUUAGAUGAAACUUCGCAGGAAAAUAACUCAAAUUGAGUUGGCAGUAUUUAAAAUGAUUAAAAAUACACUAGCUACAUUUCUUAGUUUUAUAUGAUGACAGAAGGAAAUGUUGUAAUAUUUAUGUGCCAAGUCUUAUUUUUACUUAAAUGAAAACUGUUGUUUAUCUAUUUUUAACAUUAAAAAUAUAGCAGAGCGAUAGAAGACAACAUGGCUGCAUGAAGUAGCUAUUAACUACUAUCAAUACAGGCCGCUCAGGUGGCGCAGCGGUAAAAACACCCGCAUAUAUGCCUGCCGGCUAAGGCUGAGCAGCCACAUGAACAACGACUGGCCUGUUGUUUAGAUAAGGGCGGGACUAAGCCGGAUGGGGUCUCUCUCCCAUGACUGGUGCAGUUACGACCUCUGCUGGCUGAUUGAUGGCGCCUGCACAGAGAUGAGAAAAGAGUGCUCUCAGAGUGUGUCUCUCCAUACACAACGCUGAGCUGCACUGCACUCGUCAAAGUGCAGGUGAUAAGAUGCAUACGGCAUGCUGCCCACGUGUCGGAGGGGGUGUGGGUUAGCUUCGUUCUCCUCAAUCAGAGCUAGGAUCGGCAUUGGUGGAGAGGAAGCAUGAAGCAAUCGAGCAAUUGGACGUGCUAAAAAGGGAGAAAAAGGGGAGAAAAUGCAUAAACAAAAGUAUUGUUAUACCUAAUAGUAGUUGUAAUUGUGUGUAGGGUAAAGCAAAAUUUAUUUGCCACAUGUCACUAGUAUAAUCGAUCACAAAAUAAAUAAAAAAGACACCCCAACCCUGUUGGGAAAGAAAAAGUAUUUUAGAUGUCAAAGUGUCUUGCUUUGCUUUUCAGCUGACAGUAUCUAGUUUACAUGCAGCCUAAAAAAUGUUAAUGAUAGGACUGAAAGCUCAAUAAAAAUAAUAAAUGUUUACAUAAAAAUCUCAGUCAGGAUAAAGUGCUGAAUUCUGUGUUCGAUUAAAUCAGACGGCUAAGAAUUUAAAUAAUGUAUUAGAUAGAACAAUAGCCAUUUUAACUUUUGUACCUGAUAACAUUCUUAGUUUAAAUGUAUCUAUGCAUUUUGUACACGUGUUUAUAUCUUUAAGCACAGUUAUAUGAGAAGAAUAACUUGUAUUACACACUUUAAAUGAUUAUAAAUAUAUCAAACAGCAGCACUGCUGUGGAUAAGUUUCAGCUUCACAUUGAGUAUUUCUUCAGCACAUGCUAUCCUAUAUUUGAGAGUAAAUUAGCUUGACUAACACAAAAAUUGCAUUAUUUCUUUGAGAUAUGAACAUGAAUCAGUCAGGAAUAUCAACAUUUUCCUCAAAUGUGCUAGUAAUUUAAUUAAAAAGACACUAUAAACUAAACAGAAACUACAUUACUGUUGCUGUUAGCUUUAAUGCUAACUAAACGUAGUUUAUCAUUAAUGCUACCUAAGCUUAGCAAACUAAACAUAACAUUAAACAUUUAAGGUUGAUGAACAAAAAAAUGCUUUGAUUUCUUUGAGAAAUUUACACAAAUAAGUCAGGAAUAUCAACAUUUUCCUCAGAUGUGCUGGUAAUUUACUUAUAAAAAAGACACUGUAUUACAGAAACUAUACUACUGAUGCUGUUAGCAUUAAUGCUAUAAGCUUAGCAAACUAAACAUAAAAUAGUGCAAGUCAAGAGAAUGUAGUAUUAUAAAACGGAUAGUUCUGGUCUUAAAAUCUGAUUGGCUGAGCUGCGUUCGAAGCCGUUGUAAAAUCCCAGAUAAACGCUCACCUAUGACCACCUCACAUCAUUCCAUAUUAAUACGCCACUGAAAAGAAAAAGUGAAUGUUAUGUUUGCCCUCAUGUAGCAACACUGUUAACGGACUACCUUGCGUCGCAGAAGAAUGCUUUAUUGUAAGUUUAUACACAAUAAAUACAUUUAUGAAUUAAA